UUAUUUUUUUCCCUCUUUCUCUUCGUUCUUUGUUCUAAACCCUACGCUCCACAUCAACGCUCACCGCGCAUUACCGCCUCACCCCCGCGCCACCUCACCCCCGCACCGCCGCACCGCUGCACUUGGAGCUCGGAUUAGAAGGAGAUCAGAUCUUUGCUUUGCUUCCAGAAAAAGGACAGCAUGUAGUUGGUGGAAGCCAAGGUUGGGAUGCAUCCACAGACUUUAAGUCUUGGGUUUCAGGCCAGACAUUUAAUGUUGGCGAUCAACUUGGGGGUCGUAGAGAGAGAGAGAGAAGAAGUAGAGUCCGAACAAAGUCUCGUAGCUGAGAGAUUAGGAUCGGAAUUCUGCCAUCGUUCUUUAUCAUUUUGCCGUCCUCUGUCCUCGCUCACCUUCAACCUUAAAUUUUGCUUGUCAAAGGAAGAGAAGGAGUUAGCACAUUUAUAUCUCCAAGAUAUGAACUCUGUGGCAAGGCGCUUAUCAAGCUUAUUCGGAACUUCAGGUUUCACAACUGAACCCUUCAAAAUUGGGCAUCAUCAAAUGCAGCAGCUUCAACAAUGCAGAGGCAUACGAGUUAGGGUCCUAAAUGGGAACUUGGAAAUGGCAUUGGGAUUGAUGCAGCGUAAGAUGCAAGGAAGUGGGAUCGAGAGGAUGAUAAAGCAGGAGCAAAGGUUCCAUAUCAAAAACUCUGAGAAGCGCGUUUUAGCCCAAAAGAACUUGGAGCGAAGGCUUCGAUCUGAGGAUUAUGCUAGGAAACUUAAAGCCAUUUUGCUCAAGAAAGUCAGGGGUCUAUGAGGAGUUUGCAUUUCGCACAAAAAAUGAAGUUGCGGUUAUUUUAUAAUUUGCAUGCGAACACUGCAGUUGACACAUUCUUUCCAAUUGCCCGGAUCGGCUCGUGUAGUGUAUUUUGUAGCUAUUAUUUUGGGUAGCAUGGGAUAGUCACUCUGAAGUUUUAGAGUUCAAAAGUUUUAAGAAUGGACAUGAAUUGGGAUAUUGAAUCCUUGAUAAGGUUACUUUUGUCCAAAUAAUUUUUAAAACACCAGAUUCCCAAAAACAUGAAGAAGAGAGGCACUUUAAAUUAAAUAAAUUAGCUCUUCUACGAUUU